UAGAGUUGAACUUGCUUUCUCUUUUUCCUCCUCAGUUCAUUCCAGAUCUGAGAAUUCAUGCUUGUGAACUGUGAAAGAGCUGAAUACUGGACUGCACCUUCUUCUUGAAAUGACAAUGCAGCAUGUUCAUGUAAGCUACUCAAGCCUUGGUGAAAAUGAACAACAUGGCAUACAGCACACCUGUGAAAAAAACACACAGGAGAAGAUAAUUAUCUCUAAUGAACGCCCCUGGAAACCGUGGCAAUCUGCCCGAUCACAGAUCAGAGGAUUUGUGAGGCGUGUUCAGACUGCUAUGCUCUCUCUGGCCGGGUUGGAGUGGUACUGUUACGCUGCCUUGGGAGUCCUCACUGCUCUUAUGAGCUUCUGUAUGGACCUGACAAUAGCCAAGCUCCUGCGAGCCCACCAGUGGCUAUAUGGUUGUCUGGAGGGUAACAUCCUGCUACAAUUCCUGUGCUGGACACUGUACCCUUCCUGCCUCUGUGCUCUCUCAACCUCCUUCUCUCACAGCAUCUGCCCCCAGUCUGCAGGCUCAGGCCUGCCUGAGAUAAGGACCAUCCUCUCAGGUGUGCAGUUGCCAGACUAUCUCUCUCUCUCAAAUCUCUUUGCUAAACUCAUUGGUCUUAUCAGCACACUGUCUGCAGGUAGCACAGUCUUCCUUGGAAAAGUGGGUCCAUUUGUCCAUCUGUCAAACAUGGUAGGAGCAUACCUGUAUCGUCUGUAUGCCUCUGCUUGUGGUGAAAAGCAGAGGAGAACUCAAGGAGAGAUGUUGGUUGUGGCAUCAGCAGUGGGCGUGGCCAGCUGUUUCGGGGCUCCAGUCAGCGGAGUGCUUUUCAGUAUUGAAGUCAUGGGCAGUCACUAUUCCGUGCGAGAUUACUGUCCAUGUUUCUUCGCUGCAGUCUGUGGAUCUCUCACUUACCGUCUUCUCUCUGUGUGCAGCAGAGAACAAGAAACAGUGCAAGCUGUGUUUAAGACCAGGUUCCCAAGCGAGCUCCCGUACCAGCCACCUGAAAUACUGAUUUUUGCUUUCCUGGGACUGCUGUGUGGAGCUAUAAGCUGUGUUUACCUCUACAGCCAUCGAUGGAUUCUCCGUUUUGUCAGAACAAACAAAUUCAUCAGCAGGUUCAUGGCAACAGAAAAGACAUUAUAUUCAGCAACCGUAGCAUUCCUCCUGGCAUCAGUGACCUUCCCUCACACGGGAGGAUCUUUCAUAGCUUCCCGGCUCUCAAUGAAGGAGCUACUCUCCUCCUUGCUAGAUAGCACUCAGUGGAACUUAAUUUCCCACAAUGCCACAGUAGCACAAGAAUCACCUCAUUCUUUUUGGCAAGAGUGGAGUCCACCUGGAUACAGUGUUUAUCACACACUUGGAUGCUUCAUUCUCAUUAAGCUCUGGCUGUUGGUCUUGGCCUGCACUUUACCCCUGCCUGCUGGCUACUUCAUGCCUGUCUUUAUUUAUGGCGCUGCUUUAGGCCGUUUGCUGGGUGAGGGAUUGGCCUAUCUCUUCCCAGAUGGAAUCUCAUCAGGGAAGAAGCUGAGUGUGAUAAACCCAGGGGGCUACGCUUUAGUGGGAGCAGCAGCGUUCGCAGGGGCUGUGACACACACACUGUCACCUGCUCUUUGUGCUCUGGAGCUGACUGGGCAGUCCACUCAUGUUGUCCCCAUUCUGACAGCCACACUGAUAUCCAAUGCUCUAGCACGCUCUAGGCAUCAGCCGUCCUUCUAUGAUGGUAUAUCACUCAUUAAGAGACUCCCACACCUGCCCUCUCUUAUCAGGGCCUGUCCAAAGCUGUCCUCGGUCCAGAUUAGGCAGUUUGCCGUCCCUGUAGGGGCCGUGCUCCAGCGAGCCGAGGGAGUGACGGGAGUACAGCAUAUCCUGAACUCCAGCAAAGAAAACGAGUUCCCCGUAGUUGACACACAUGACUCUCUCACACUGCUAGGAACCGUCACGAGAGCACAACUGCAGACUGUCCUGCUCUCAAACCAAAGUGAGGAUUUGUGCAAAAGCCUGGAGGAUGCGUGUUCUAUUCAACCUGUUAAGCUGCAGCUUUCUCCUGAUGCUACAGUAAAGCAGGCCCACUGCAUCAUGAGUGUUUUGAGAGAGCAGUGUGUGUUUGUCACUGAGAGGGGAAAGCUGUGUGGUGUCAUCACAUGGAAAGAGAUCAAGAACAUGAUUGAAGAGCUGGCCAAGGAAAUCUGAUGUCCAGUCGGAUAAAAGAACACUACUUGGUCGUCAUACACACACUUCAUAACUCAAUGUAUCAUUUUUGCUAAUCACGACCUCAAAAUAUUUCAUCAAGCGGUGAUUUGCUGUGACGAUCAUACUCAUGUACAGCUCUAAUUAACCAUAUGCAAAUAGCCUUAUCUGUGGAGAUUGCUGUUGGCCAGCAGGCCGCUUCCUGGAAUUGAGACAGUAGGAGCUCUUUAUUCGGUGCCAUGACUAAGGAGUCUCACUCCUGUGUUCUGUUUAUAGGCCUGAGGGCAGGCCAAGUGAUAAAGAUUUAUUAAAAUCAGCCAUGUGUACCCAGUUCUAAUGGAGGAGAUGAGGGAGGUGUAAUUAAAUGAAGCAGCCGCUGAGCACCAUUCGACCAAUCGCUCUUAUAGGAUGAGCACUCCUGGCUAACCUAACAAACAAUAUGAUAACACUGAUUUUGUUUAUGGCUGAAUGAGUGUCCCCUUCAACGGAUGCUAAAAUGAAGACAGAAUGUGGGCAACACAUUUACAAAGAAUACAAUACAGAUAGAUCAUAGCUCAAUCUACACCUUACCUUUCAAAAGAAAAUAAAGCCUGUCAGCUUCUGAUGCAUUCAAAUGAAAUUCAAGAAUUUGUGCUUUCAGAGUUGGAAAGAGAAAGCAUCAUACAUUAUGCUCACUGAUUAAAGUUGUGAGAUCACUCCCACAUAUCACACACAUCAAAUUACGUAUCAAUGGCGUCACGUGUAGCUUGUUUGUUAACUGGGAUGACACAUAUUUCGGAUAAUAGUUAAUGGAUGUUCUUAAUAUUUGUCUUUUUAUAGCUUUAGACAAGCUGGAAUAAUUAUUCAGUUGCUGACUGUAGUCAGUCAUUUGCUCCCCAGCUUAAUGCUGCUUCUAGUUUAUGUUCAUUAAUGACAAGAGGAUGUAAAUUGCUCGUGCAGUGCUGAUGUAUAUAUGAAACAUGCACACCAACUUGGACACCAACCAUAAGCUAUGUAGGUGAUGACUAAGGUCUUUAACUAACACUUAAGUUUUUAUAAGGACAAAACAAUUCAGCGAACAGAAAACUCAAAUCUUUCAGGAAUAUCACCAUUUACCUCAAAGUGCCUCAAUCACUAAGAAGAGAUUCCAUGGAGAUUACAAUUAACGUCUUCCUCAAACCGAGCUUUCAUCGGUUUCAACAUAUUGGGAAAUAACAUUAUUUCACAAUUUGUGAAAGUCAAAAACACCACAAGAAUAGGCCAUCAGGAUACCAGAAUCUUCCCACAGUGGACACAGCUCCAAAAUGUAACAACUCUGGCUAGAAACCUGGGAAAUAUGAACAACAAAAAUAAGCUAGCCAAUAACCGGGGCUAUGGAUUUAGCUAGCUAUCACAAAAGUGUUACGUUUUUAUACAGACAUUGUACAGUGGACACAAGACAAAACUAUCAGGAAUUUUCCUUAGGUGUAUUUCUCAGAUGUGUCUAUAUUCAAUUUUCAUAACUCUGUAAAUUUUGAUUUCUGAAGUGAUGAACAUCACAAUGUGCUGUUCUUGUGGAAACUUCUCAUAAACAUCAUGAACAUGA